AUGUCGACAAAGAACUACCAACAUGUCUUGGCUUUGGAGUUUGCGGCUCAUGAGAUCAAUAAGGAUCCCAAGAUGUUGCCAAAUGUCUCCCUCGGGUUCCAUAUCUAUGAGAGCUACUAUGAAGAAUGGCUGACCUAUCACACCACUCUGAACUUGCUCUUCAGAUCACAUCAAUUUGUCCCCAACUACAAAUGUGACCCUGAAAAGAGUCUGACAGCCGUCAUUGGGGGACUUAGCUCGGAGAUCUCCCUCCGUAUGGCUGAUGUUCUCAAUCUCUACAAGAUUCCACAGCUCCACCUAUUUCUUCAAGGGAUUUUGUUUAACAAUUCAGCAGGCGAAACAGUACAUUUCAAUGACAAUAGGGAAAUGGCAGCUGGAUUUGAUAUAAUGAAUGUGGUCACAUUCCCAAACAAUUCCUUCCUGGAAGUGAAGGUCGGAAGUCUGAAUCCCAAUGCUCCUGAAGAAGAGGAAUUCAUCAUUCAUGAUGACCAAAUUGAAUGGCCCCACGAUUUUAACCAGAUGCCCCCCACUUCUGUCUGCAAUGACCCCUGUCUGCCCGGAUAUCAUAAGGAAAAGAAGGAAGGGGAGAAAUUUUGCUGCUUUGAUUGUGUUCCCUGCCAGGAAGGGAAGAUUGCAAACCAGAAGGAUAUGGAUAACUGUAUCACAUGUCCGGAAGAACAAUAUCCAAGCAUGGACCGUGAUCAAUGUAUGCCCAAGAUUGUAAGCUUUCUGUCUUAUGAAGAACCUUUAGGCAUCAGUUUGACUGCAGUUGCUCUUUCAUUCUCCCUGAUCACAUCUUUGGUUCUAGCAGUUUUCAUUAGGCACAAAGAUACCCCCAUAGUCAAAGCCAACAACCGUGAUAUCACCUACAUUCUUCUUGUUUCCCUUCUGCUCUGCUUCCUCUGUUCCUUGCUUUUCCUCGGACAACCAAACAAGGUGACCUGCUUCCUCCAGAAAUCCACUUUCAGCAUCAUCUUCUCAGUGGCUGUUUCUUGUGUCUUGGCCAAAACCAUCACUGUGGUGGUAGCUUUUAUGGCCACCAAACCAGGAUCCAACAUGAGGAAGUGGGUGGGGAAAAGACUGACCACCUUCUCUGUCCUUUUCUGUUCUCUUCUUCAAGCAGGCCUUUGUUUAGUGUGGCUAGGAACCUCACCCCCCUUCCCAGAUUUCGAUAUGCAAACACUAACUGGAGAGAUCAUAGCUGAAUGUAAUGAAGGGUCAGCCAUCAUGUUUUAUUUGGUCCUGGGAUACAUGGGACUUCUGUCCUUCAUUAGCUUGACUGUGGCUUUCCUAGCUAGGAAGUUGCCAGACAGUUUUAAUGAGUCCAAGUUCAUCACCUUCAGCAUGCUGGUGUUUUGCAGUGUUUGGUUAUCCUUUGUUCCAGCUUAUUUGAGCAGCCAAGGGAAGUAUAUGGUAGCUGUGGAGAUUUUCUCCAUCUUAGCCUCCAGUGCUGGGCUACUGGCUUGUAUCUUUGGUCCCAAAAGCUACAUUAUUCUGGUGAGGCCUGAUCUGAACAAGAGAGAGCAGCUAAUAUUGAGAAAGAAUUAA